UACUGGCAUCGCGUACGAUAGGAGGAAAAGUAGUCGCAUCGGUCGGGGGGAGAGAGAGGAGAGAGAACGGAAGAAGGAAAGAGAGAUCGGCUUCGCUUGUGAAACCUCGAGUUCUUGAGACCUAAUUCCUUGGUCGAUCUGUGAUUCUAUAUCAGUGAUUCGUCUCUAGCAAGGAUAGUGUUAUAACCAAGUCCAGAUAUGUCACCAGCUUCGAAGUCAAAGUCCAAGGACAAGUCUUCUCCAAAGAAAGGCAAGGAACAGUCAAAGAGUUCCAUGAAACCCUCAAAUGCUCAUUCAAAUGGUCGUAAUGGUUCCCCUGCUAGCUCUUACAAUCCAGUUAUGGGAAACUGUCACACCCUUGAGAUUUCAUCGUCUUCUUUCUCAACUCCUCACAGCAAUGGCCGGUUUAGAAGCGUCGAUGAUCCAGAUGAUCAUUCUGGGAGUUCACAAGGUACAACAACAGAAUAUGAUUCCAUGUCCAACAAUGGUAGCUGUUCAGGUGAAUCAGAAGACCAGAAGGAUAAAUCAAUCAGCUCUCCAGCUCAACCAGAGACUAUUCCCGGUUCCGACGAUGGCAAACGGUGCAAGAUUCGCCAGAAGAAUGAGAGGAAGCACCAACGGCAGAAGGAGAAGCGAGCUCAAGAGCUGCAUGAGCGCUGUAUUUCAUUCCUAACUUCCAGGAAGCUCGAAGCUCUUUCUCACCAGCUUGUGUCCAUGGGUUUCCCUGCUGAUCGCGCAACCAUGGCCAUCAUAGCAAAUGAAGGUCGGAUGGAGGAGUCUGUCGCGUGGUUGUUGCAUGAGGAAGAAGAGGAUAACAAACAGCAGGUUUCAAUUAACUUAGCGGACAAAAGCUGCAUUAAGAUUGAUAUUAAAGAUGAGCUUGCAAGAAUUGCAGAAAUGGAGGUUCAACACAAAUGCUCAAGGCAGGAUGUUGAGAGGGCCAUUGUUACUUGCGAAGGUGAUUUGCUAAAGGCCGAGGAGAAUUUGAAGUUGCAGAAAGUAUCCGUUUCUGCAGCAAUUAUGCCCAAGCCAAAUGAAUCUGCUGGUUCCUUGCAGCUAAAUGAUAAGGAGGCAACAACUCAUAAGAGCCCAAUAUUGAUAAGAAAUCCCAUGAAAGGAAUCACUCAACAACAGAGACUGGAUGAAAGAGAUUUUAACAACUCAAAAAAACUGGUUCCUGGAACUUCAUCACAGGAAUCUGUGAACAAGAACACUCAGCAAUCACUCAAGAGGAUACUGCCCAAGCCGCCGGCGAUGACAACGGCGGCGACUGAUUGGUCGAAAACACAGGCUAGUUCUGUUGAUAAAAGGUGGUCGACAAUGAACACUCCAGUUUCAUUGGCUUCAUUAGUACAAGUUUCUGGACCUGCAGCAAAGCUCGAAGCUCGAUUUGCGGCGACGGCCCGAGUUGUGAAAGAACCCUUUGUUGUUAUGCAACGACCAAAGCAGAAGUCGCCGCCGCCGCCGCCGCCGCCGCCUUCAACUAUUGGCAUGAGCGUGUCACCUCCAGCUUCUGUAAAUAGUGGAAUGGGAAGGAAUGGUUUUACAAUGCAGCAAUUCUACCCUCAAAAUCAUCUCCAGCCAACUCCGUCCGUACCAACAGAGUUGCCAGCAUCAGCUCCGCCCGGCCGCCUCUGGAAUACAUCUGGGACCAUCUCAUCGCCAUUAGCGACACCAUCAUCUCUUGGACUUUACACUGGCUGGGGUUCGCCCGGAUCUUCCAAGUCAUCAUCUCAAAACGACUGGAACUCAUUUGGUUCCACCCCACAUCCCGACUACACAACCAUCGACUGGAGCUUAGAUCCGGCACCGAGAAAAUCAUCCACGAAGAUCGAUAUCGUAUCCGACACAUGGUCGACGAUGUUCAUGGGAGGAAAUGCUACAGCUCCUCCUCUCAUGAAUAAUGGAGGUGGAGCUUAUCUCCCAGAAUUACAGGAAGUUAAUAGCCGUUUAAGUGGUUUAAGUGAUUACUCUGCUCCAGCUGGUUCACUGGAGUGGAGUAGCCCGUUUGAGGGAAGGGAUCUGUUUAGGGUUACUAGGCAGUAUGUGACCUCUCCUUCCAUGUAAUAAAUGCUGGAUUUAAAAUGAAAAACAAACAUAUAUUUGGUUUGUGGGUCUUUUGGUUUUUAAUUGUUUCAGUGCUGGUUUGAUUCAAA